AUGUCAACUUUACUAUGGUGGUAUGAACAACUUGGAAAUAAAUUAAGACAUAAUGGGAAAGUUGCCUCCUUGAUAUUUACUGACCACAAAGUCGACGCAAUAUCCAUAAUUCGUGUAUUUGUACUUUUCAUGUUAGAAGCUUUAAGAGUGCAGUAUCAACUCAGAUCGAUGAUGGACAUGAAAGUGUUAUACUACGUUAACGAUAGCGUUUAUGGGUGCCUUAAUAUUCUCCCAAUUGAUCAUGCCCUAAUUACUUUAAAACCGGUCAAAAGUAAUACUCAUGGCGAAGAAACUGCGGUUUUAUUUGGUCAGACAUGUGAUUCCUUAGAUUGUUUAAUGAAAGAAUGUUUACUACCAAAGCUUAACGCUGGUGACUGGGUAUACUUCGAAGAAACUGGAGCUUAUUCAUUAAGCCUGGUAUCCAAAUUUAAUUCAUUCAAGAAGCCAAAAUGUUACUAUUACAUUCAAGAGCAUUUAUGGAACGAAAUUCAAGGAAAGGUUAAUCUACCUUUUAACUUGACCACUAAUUAA